AUGCCCUGGUGCAAAAGUCCUGCAGCAGCAUCCGUCAAUUCCCACCCUGGCAUCAAGAAGCUAGCCUCUAAGGUUAAGGAGCUACGCCAACAAGCAAAACAUUCACGUAACGCCAUAGAGAAAUACAAGAAGGCACAUGACAAGCUCCGGAGCGCUAAGCAGACACAGAGAAGGGCCCUCAAGGACAGGAUCAGAGAACAACGACCAGCCCAGAAACGACUAAUGGACGCCCUCACGGCCCCAGUCGAAAGCACAGUCGAGGGCCAACACCGGCGAAGAGAUGUUGCCAUCUAUGCCGUGAUGGCCUAUUGCGUCGUGGUGGAAGGGCCGGCUGUACGGCGCACCAACUCCAGGGCAGGGACGAUGCGGCGGUCUUCCGUCAAGGAUAAGCCUCGAGAAGACAGUUAUUAUACAGAAGACGGUCGUCGUACGGCUGUGUUGUCUGUCUUUAUAGCAAGUAAGGAGGAGAGGCCGAGGAGAUGCUUCCUUUACAUUGGCCUAGUGCUCCACUUAGAACCGGGUGAUCCUUGCAUCGAAGAACUCACACACGAAUUUUACAGUGCCGGCGACUUAAAUAAGCACUUCCGACAGAAGCACCUGAAAAACAUCCAACAGGGGGACGAUAUAGAGUACGGAGCUUGCUAUAUGCCACUAGACCACAAGAUACAUCUCCAACGUCAUGCCCUUCAGAUCCACAGCACGAUAUCCUAA